CUCGCUCUUUCCACAUCAGCGCAGCCUCCCCGGCCCCAACCGCGCAACUUAGACUGCCUCAAUCGCCUCAGAUUACUGAUAGCAGCGAUACGACUUGCUGUCUCGCCAUUCGACAAUCGCGCCCCGGCCGCCUGCGCUGGCUUUCACGACGCACACCGCGCUACCGACAGCUGCGUCCCCAUUACUCCAGUAGAUUCGACGUGGGAUCGUCAGACUAAACGUGGCAUCCCGCGCCUAACUAGUCCAACGACCUCCUUCACUCACCACCGGCACUCUAUAUUUGGCAGCCGGCAUAAUGGCUACGGCCGAAGCCGCGUCGAGACCCCAUGACCGACAUGCGCGCAAGCGACCCUUUGCGGGUUGGAUGAAGCGCCUGGCCAACCUCAAGCCCUCCUCAUCCGACGCCCCAGGCAAGAAGGGCAACACGGUUAAGAAAGGCGCCCCAAAGAACAACCCCUAUCCUGAGUCUGGCUACAUCAACACCAACGUACCGCCUGCCGACAACUCGUCCGUCACGACCCCAGCCACAUUACGAUCGCACGACAGCUAUACGUCCAUAGAGGAGCCCGCGGCCGGACAGCGACAGGCGAUAGAGAAGAGCAACAAGUCGACAGCCCCGACGGUAGCCACAGUCCCCGAGACAGUCCACUCGUCACGGUCAAAGGCAGAGACAGGCGGUAGCAACUUUGUCAAUGGCGGCAGCACUUUCUCGUCUCCGCAUGGCUCAGAGCACUCCCUCACCACCACCCUGACCACCAUACAAUCGACCGCGCCCUCAAAUAUCCUCAACCUCGGCCAAGCGCAACCCCAGAACAAUGCGACAACCACAAGUACCACUCCCGUACACUUUUCGCACCAAUUCCCCACCUCCCCGCCGCCGUCAGCUAUUCCGCCGCAUCUGGCGCCCCAGCAGCCGCAGCAGCAGCCCAACUCAUAUCAGGGCGCCACCGCGAACAACAUCCUCUCCGAUAAUGCGUCCAUCCUCACACUCGCCUCGUCAUCGAAGCGCCGCCGUCGCAACUCCGUAGAUACCAAUGCCUCCAUGCGAGCUUUGGCCCCCUCGUCCCAUUACGGCGGCAGUCGCGAAUCGCUACCCCUCAGCGUACUAUCCGCGAACCCCGACACCAUAUACUCGCCCUCCAACAGGCCAAGCAACGUCGGUGCUUUUGUAAACGCCGAGCGCGCAAGCGUCUACUCAGCGUCCGGUGUCACAGCCCCGGUCCUGCCCAGCGAGCGCAACAGCUACUACGCGACCAAGCAAGCCGACGGACUCAGCGUACGCAGCGGGCUCCUUGGCCACGGCCGCACUGAUAGUAUCAGCAGCAUGCGCGCCACGCCCACCAGCCCGCUCGCCAGCCCCCGCGAAAACCCCAUGGGUCCCGCCCGCAUCAGCCGGAAGAGCUCAGAGUGGAAAGACGCGAGAGAAGCGAGCGACGAGGACGAGGCGCCUGCAAGUCCGAUCGUCGAAGAGCACGAGGAUAAGCCGACACCGAAUGCUCAGACCUGAGUCCCAACGAAGGAAGCCGCACGAGUACAAAGUUAUGAUAACCGAGAUACCAAUACUGGCGUUGGUGGGAUUGGAAUGGGGCUGUGUCACGAUAUUCGGAUUAAUAGGGCAGUACGGGAUACGGCUACUGGUACUGGUGACUCUUGAAUGAAAGGAGGAUGGCGUUAGUAUGGGGUUGAGCUGGAUGGGUGGGUUUGUGGUAUUUUGGCUUCUUAAUCUUAUACCCUAGUAUCGAAUGGAGCUUUUUCUUUCUUUG